CUAAACUGUCGACACCUAUCUGGAACAGCAGCUCCUAAAGAAGACACAAUGGAUAAGUUAUUCGCGUACAUAGAUGAGCAUCAGGGAGAUUACAUCGAACGUCUGAAAGAGGCGGUGGCCAUCAAAAGUGUGUCAGCAUGGCCAGAAAAUCGUGACGAUGUCAAAAGAAUGGUGUGCUGGACAAAGGAGCUGAUGGAUAAACUCGGUGCGGAGACUGAGUUGAAGGAUCUAGGAGAACAAGACCUCGGAGGAGGUAGGAAAAUUCCACUUCCCCCAGUCUUACAAGGUACACUUGGCAAAGACCCCAAAAAGAAGACCCUGCUUGUCUAUGGACAUCUGGAUGUACAGCCAGCUUUGAAGACAGAUGGUUGGGACCAAGAGGAUCCAUUUAAGGCAGUCGAAAAGGAUGGAAAAAUCUACGGCAGGGGUUCUACAGACGACAAGGGUCCAGUACUGGCUUGGAUCAACUGUCUUGAGGCAAUGAAGAUAAAUAAAAUGCCUGUCCCUGUCAACCUUAAGUUUAUGUUUGAGGGGAUGGAGGAAUGUGGAUCAGACGGACUAGAUGAUUUGGUCAACAACAGCAAGGAAGGCUUCCUGAAGGAUGUGGAUUUUGUCUGUAUAUCAGACAACUACUGGCUCGGCAAGAAAAAGCCAUGUGUAACAUAUGGCUUGAGGGGAAUUUGCUACUUUUUCCUGGAGAUAUGUGGCUCCACCAAGGACUUACACUCUGGAUUGUAUGGUGGCACAGUACACGAGGCUAUGGUCGAUCUGGUGGGUGUCCUGGGCACAUUGGUGGACAGUAAUGGCAAAAUUCUCAUCCCAGGAAUCAGUGAUACUGUAGCGGAGCUCACAGAGGAGGAACGCAUGAAGUAUGAUCCUAUUGACUUCUCUGUGGAAGAUUACAAGACUGACACUGGCUGUAAUGCUCUGAUAUAUGACAACAAACCAGAUAUACUGAUGCACCGCUGGAGAUACCCAUCACUCUCUAUUCAUGGAAUUGAGGGAGCAUUUAGUGAUACUGGAGCCAAGACUGUUAUUCCAAGGAAAGUCAUUGGAAAAUUUUCUCUCCGACUGGUACCGAACCAAACCCCUGAUGAAAUAGAGCGUCUUGUCAGGGAACAUGUGGAACAAAAGUUUAAGGAAAGAAACAGUCCCAAUCAAAUGAAGCUUACUAUGGGUCAUGGUGGGAAACCAUGGGUCAGUGACUACAAUGAUCCGAACUUUGUGGCAGGAAUAAAUGCCAUGAAAAGAGUUUAUGGCGUUGAACCAGACUUGACCCGUGAAGGUGGCAGCAUACCAGUGACCUUGACAUUCCAGGAUGCUACCCAGAAAAAUGUCAUGUUGCUCCCACUUGGUUGUUCCGAUGAUGGUGCACACUCACAGAAUGAGAAAAUGGAUGUCAUAAACUACAUCAAUGGGAUCAAAGUGAUGGGUGCCUACAUGGAUGAACUUGCUAGGUUGUAAUUUGGAAGUGUUGUGAUCAUUGAAUGGUGUGUACAAGUUGAUCAGAAAUUGUGAACAUGUACUUUGCUCACAAGGUGUGUACUGAGACUUUCUUCAGGGGCUAUAGAAAUAUAAUAUAUAAUAUAAAUAUAAUCCUGUUGACUGAAACAUUUUUGUACAGGAAAUGAAAUGUCAAGUAGGUUAGUUCAUAGACUUUUGUGCGUUACUGUAAGAGACUGGAUCAUUGAACUAUCUGCAGUAACAGUAAAAUAAACCUCUGUGUGUGAAAUAUUUGAUAGAACACAGAAAAGUCUAUAAAUCUUUAGAACACAGAAAUCUUGUUUCCAACGAUUUAGAUGGUAUGUCAAUAAUGAAAUGUAUUUGUGAUUUCCACUUUUCUGUCUCCGUAUUUCUUGUCUCAAAUCAGUCUAAAUUUAUACCACAUAACAUUUGUUUACAAGACUAAUUUAUAAUAAUAUCAAGCUUACAAUGUUGACUACGCAGAUAUUUACAAAGCUUUGAAGUAAUCUUUAAUUAUGAUUGUUUUGUCACCAUUACUUACUGAUCAGUAAAGUGUUGAGGAUUAGGUCUUACAUGUGUGUUUUUGUAAUUGAUAUCUAACAACAUUCUAUAUCAAUAAAGUCUAUAGAUUUU